AGACUUAUCUCCACCCACUACCCAUUCUUCAUUUCAUCAAAUAAAAUAGAUUCCUCAUGUACGCGACGCACCGCCAUCGAGAGCAUCCCCACACCCUUCCUAUCCCUUCAGAAACUCUCUUUCCAUGAUUAUUCUUUGUUUGAUUCCAUGUACUAGGAUCCCAUUCCAAACCUUCCAUCGGAUCUCUCUCUAAUCUUCUUCUUCUUCUUCUCCCUCUCUUCAUCCUUCUCCAUAUUCUUAAUUUUAAUUUCCUCUCUCUAAUUAUCGUUUAACAGAAAAGGUAUGGAAGAUUAUGCAGACCAAAUGCAGAGAUGUCGAGAUUAUGUAGAAGCCCUUCAGGAAGAACGUCGUAAGAUUCAGGUCUUCCAUCGCGAACUUCCCCUCUGCAUCGAGCUUGUAACCCAAGCCAUCGAUGCUUGCCGGCAACAACUUGGGAACGCCGGUAGAACAGAGUAUUUCCCAGGAAGAUCUGAUAGUUCAGAGCAAACAUCAAGCGAAGAAGGACCCGUGUUAGAGGAAUUCAUCCCUCUAAAGAGAAGCUCAUCAUCCUCCUCCUCCGAAGAAGAAUCAGAACACAAUCCUAAAUCCAAAGACAGAAACGAUAAAUCCCUUAAGAAGAUUGACUGGUUAAGAUCCGUUCAGCUUUGGAACACAAACCCAGAUCCAUCCCCUAAGCAGGUUCAGGUUCAGGUUCAGGAUCAAACUGAAAGAAAGGCCUCAGUAAUUGAAACUGAUAAAAUUGGGGGUGCAUUUCACCCUUUUCAGAGAUCUGUUUCUACGAUUCCAUCUUCCGGCCAAAAGAUUUCUGUAAGCUCUACUACUACCACUACUACAACUACAACAACUACUACUGAUGCAGAAGGUAAUGGAGGUUUAUCAGAUAAUAAUGAAGGAGGUGGUAGUGGCAAAAGAGAAGAGAAGGAAGGGCAGUCACAGAGGAAGCCCAGGCGAAGUUGGUCACCAGAGCUUCAUCGUCGAUUCUUAAAUGCACUUCAACAACUGGGUGGUUCUCAUGCUGCAACGCCUAAACAGAUUAGGGAGUUGAUGAAGGUCGAUGGGCUUACUAAUGACGAAGUCAAAAGUCAUUUACAGAAAUAUCGUUUACAUACGAGACGACCCAGUCCGGCAGGGAUUCCUAAUGGUAACAACCUGCAACAGCCUCAGUUUGUGGUGGUGGAAGGCAUCUGGGCUCCUCCGCCGGAAUAUGCUGCUGCGGCGGCAUCGACUGUGAAGGGGGAGAUGAAUGGGGUUGCAGCUAAUAGAGUCUAUGCUCCGGUAGCUUCAUUACCACAUCCGCCGCCUCCGGCAACGGUGAAGCAAUCACAGCGAUCUCCCUCUCACCUGGAAGACAGGGGGGGCCAAUCAGGCGACGAGAAGGGUCAUUCCAAUUCCCCAACUUCGUCUUCCUCCAUCCAUACUACCACAGCUUCAGCAGCUUUAUGAUUUUGAUUUUGCAUGUGAAUACUGAAGACUAUAGAGUGUAAUAACAAAUUGUACUCAUUAACAUGGAAGGAAGAUGGGGCAAUGACGGACCACAUUUAGUUGGGAUGAGGUUGAGUUUGUUAUUAUUGAAGAUGUAACUAUGUCUUUAGAGUCUAGAUUUUGGUUUAUCUUUCUUCUUGUGUAAGAAAAGGUUAACUAACACAUUAUCUCUUAUUGUUC